AUGGGAAACAAAGGAAUUAACCAAGAUACUGGGUCGAGUUUCACAACAACUUACAACACCUUCGUCGACAACCUAGUCUGCCCCUCCGAUUCCGGCGAAGACUGUGCAUUCCCAACACAUUCGUACGACAUCACGAUCGAGCGAGUCCUCGAGAUACGUAGUGCGCAGAGGCUAUGCCUCCCGGCUGACGAGGCCGACGCCAUCUUCAAGCUUGCGACCCAAAACUACAGAAGCGAGUUGGUGAAUGGCAACUUGACUUUUGAGUUCAUCUCUCGCGACGCCAGCGUCGACACGUCGGAGCUGGGUGGUUGGGGGCACAUCUCCCCCAUUCUCGAGGUCGAGCCUGGCAUGAACAAAACGCUUUACUGGACGCCGUUCAUGGUCCGCUCAUCGGGGAUCCUCGGUGGUUGUUCCAACGACUCACUGGACGGGAAGUUACGGCCGGGGCUCCUUAUCUUGAUCUGA